AUAGCGUCAUAAAUAUAGAACAUAUUGAUAAAAUUAUUAUAAUUGACCACUUUAUGAUAUGUCUUGAGAGUUGAACUGAGUCAGUAACUGUAAUGCCUUGGAUUUGGAUUACAAUAUUCAUUUCAUCUCUUUUCGCGUGCGAUAAAGUAAAUAAAGUGGAAGGCAAAAAAGGCUUUGGCCCUGGGGAACAGAACUGGGGGUAUGUGACAGUUCGACCAGGAGCUCAUAUGUUUUGGUGGCUUUAUUAUGUCAAUCCACCUGACAAACCAACUAAUUUUGAUCCUUUGUCAAAACCAUUAAUUAUAUGGAUCCAUGGUGGACCCGGUGGCUCUGGAACUGGUUAUGGAAACUUUAAACAAUUUGGCCCGCUUGAUAUUCAUGGACACUAUCGUAAUUACACAUGGGUCAAUGAUUACAAUGUUCUGUUCAUUGAUAAUCCAGUUGGUUCGGGAUUUAGUUACGUUGAUAGUUACUCUGACUAUGCAAAAAAUAAUACACAAAUAGCUAACGAUUUGUUUGAAUGUAUAAAAAAAUUUUUUCAAGUUAUUCCAGCGUUUAGAAAUAUUUUUACUUAUAUUGCUAGUGAAUCUUAUGGUGCGAAAAUGGGCGCAGAGUUGGCAUCUAUUUGGUACAAAGCUCAAAAUAGUAAAAGUAUACAAAGUGAUCUCAAGGGAAUUGUUCUAGGGGCACCGUGGAUUUCUCCAAUUGAUUCAAUUCUUUCAUGGCCGUCAUUUUUACUAAAUACGGGAAUUGUCAAUACUGCUGGUUAUGAGAAAAUAAAGGGAGAGACAGAAAAAGUGCGGCAAGCUAUAGAGGCAAAAAAGUGGAGGGAAGCUACUGAUGCUAAAAACGGGGCGUUGAAAAUCGUUAAUGAAGUUAGCGAUUACAUUCCUACGAGCAAUAUAUUAAUAGAAAAAAAAUCAUACGACGGAGUACAAAAUUAUACGACUAGGUUCCCAAAACCACAAAAACCGGAUGAAAACUUGGCUCAGUUAAUUCAUUUUAUGAACAAUGAUGUUAAAAAAACCUUAGGACUUAUUUCCCCUUGGGUUUUAAAUCCACCGGAAGUUGUAGAAAAUAUUUAUGAAGAUAUAAUGAAGCCUGUUGUAAAUACAGUUGAAGAAUUAUUGAACGAAACGAAUUUGAAAGUUUCCGUUUACGCUGGACAACUAGAUUUAUUUGUCGCCUUACCCGGUACUGUCAAAUGGGUAGAAAAUUUGAAGUGGAAGCAUGAAGAUGCUUGGAAAAGAGCGCCGAGAGUUGCAUUUGCUGUUGAUAAUAUUAUUGAGGGAUACGUCCAAGCAUGCGAUAAAUUGAAAAUGUAUUGGGUCUUACGGGCGGGACAUUUGGUAGUUGAAGACAAUCCAUAUGCUAUCAAUGCAAUCCUCCAGGAAAUGACAUCUGUCAAAUACAAUCCUUAAUAUUUUUUUUUAAUAAUAAAAAUUCAUAAAUUAAUAAAAUAUCUAUCUAAUAAAUUAUGGUUUAAUGUAAUUUAUUAAUUAAAAA